AUGGAGUGCGGGCCGGGGCGCCUGCCGGUGGGGCCAAGCGAAGGAGGGAGGGGAGGGUCGAAGAGAGGGGAUGAGGCCGAGGGCGAUUUGGGCACCGUGCGCGACCGUGCGCUGCCCAUUGGGAUGGAGCGUUUUGUGGGUCGCUCGGACGGCUCGCUGGAGGACGAGUCGGCCGCCGGUGAGCGGCCUCCGUGCGAGGAUCCAAGGGUGGAUCACUGUGAAAGCUCAAAGACAGAAGGAACAAUGGCUUACACAGAGGACACUGCCAAUGAAGCCACAGCAAGCCUAAAGCCACUGCUUGACGUGCUCCGUGGCGAUGUUUGGCAACAGGAGGCCAAUACCCCAUAUCAACCUUGGAUAUCAUCAAAGCACGACCAAAAGUUGCUGGCGAGCUCUGUCGAUGAGUCAUUCGUACUGGGAGCUGACUACUCAUGGACUAGAGAUGGGCACGUCAGCGAGUGGGGCGAUGGUACAUGCGACUCCCUGAGUGGUGCAGACAGUGGCCACAUGAGAGGCAUUGACGGUGGAGACUCCGCACAAGGAAAUGAACAAGAACUCUUGGAGAUCAACUCUGUUUCCUCAAAGUCCUGUACCUCAACUCCACACCCAAAGCAUUAUCAUGCUGGGGUGCUGGGCCUGUUUGGGCAGAUUCCCAGCCCUGUGCACGAUUGUGGGGAUGAGUACUAUCCGGGCUCAGGAGUGAUGAUCAGGAGCAGGGCCUAUGAUCGGGAAGCUGGUGCAGGCACAUUGCCACAGGGUCACAGGUGUAAAACAAGCAGUUUAGCGGUGUCAAACAGUGCCAAAUGUGGCUUGCAGGGAGGUGGUAGUCCGGCUGACUGCGCUGACUUGCCAGCUCCAAAGCAUGCUGUGGAUGCACUGUUUCACGGUGAUCAGAGAAUCUCCAUGGAUGAAGUCGUUAUCCGGUCGCUGUCAGGAGCUUGGACUGACGACCAAGUGCAAGGCCGUAUGCAGGACACAAGUGAAGACCAAUCGCAAACUGGGAUUCAGCAUCUAUCGCAAGAUUGGUGUCGCCCACGUCGUGAGAAGCUCACUCAUGGUAGGCACUUCGUUGACCACAGAAGCACAGCAGCCCGUUUCCAAAGCCCCGGGAAGGAUGGCUGUGUGUCUGACAACCCUGUGACCUGGAGCAAGCAAUAUCUGGUGAGUGGGCGGUGGGACAAGCAGGGUGAGCGACACCUGCCUUCGUCUUCGUCUUUGUCGUCCUCUGCAUCACAAACAGGAUCUCCCAAAUCAAAUCAUGCUGGCACUGUCAUCCCAAGGCCAAAGUUUCUGUCCCACUGCAACAGCAUCCCAAUUGACCCAGCAAAAGCAAAGUGGCCUCCCCAAUCGGAGGCACCCCACAGGACAUGUGUGCCCACAGAUGGCCACCAGGGAUGCCCACCUGAUCAAGGCAGAUAUGUCAGAGCAUCCACUGCAUGCAGGGCUGCAGUGGGUGGGAAUGCAGAUGGCAGAGAUGCUCGUCAUUGUUACCCAUCUGGUGCUGGCAGGGCACCCUCAAGAGUCAGAGAAACUGGCAACAAUUUUCGAGUUGUCUCCCAUGCAUGGGCACCCCAACAGCGCCAGGCGCAGUCACAGCAAAUACUCAACAGUCCUCCAUCCCAUGGGUUUAUAAGGGAUGAUGGAGAACGCACUGGAAGGGAGCAGGAGAGAGGCCACGGGAAUGGCAACAUUGUGAUGUGUGGCCAGCACCAGCGGCGCUGCAGUUGGGGAGGGCCUGCUGGGUGUGACCCCAGGCCACACCUUUGGCAAAAGGGAGUUGGCCAUGUGGAUGAUCAGCGGCCCAGGAUGCGUCCGCAGCAUGGGCGACACCAGUCCAUGUCUGGUCUGGAUGGGUACAAUCUGCAGAUGCAGAGCAGGACAUUUGAGCCAAGCAAUAUGUGCGGACGCCCAGCAGAGAAGCUUCACAAACCACAGGUGAGAAAGUCCGAGGCAGUGCCUGCAGCGGCGUAUCGCAAGGAGCAGGGGGUUGAGGACGUUGACCUCGCAAAGCCGCCUGGAUUGAAUACAGCAAUGGCCCAAGGGCGUGGGGCUUCUUACAGCAGUUAUGGAGGUCGAAAGGGGCGGGAUAGUUGGGAACAUGACCAUUGUCAUGGUGGGGAAAUGGACCAGCUCAACCGAGGGCAACAGUACGGAGACAGAGAGCGCAGGACAGGCUUGGACUGCUUCUCACGGCCCCAAAACGCACCUCUAAACCAGGGUGAGGUGUACAGGGGCAAAUCACAGAACGGCUGGGGGAACAAUGGCAUCCAAGCACACUCCAUCAACGGGAGAGGCGAUCACACCCAUUCCCGCUGGGGUGAAGGCCACGAGGGAAUCCCCGACAAGUUUGCUGGCUGUCGUGGUGUCGAUCUGCGGGAAUCUGGCUGCAUGGAGACAGUCAAGAUGGCACCCGCAAGUCGGCCAGACAAUGGAAAACGGGAAAGGCAUUCGUGUGAGUUCAUGCAGGUGCAGCAUUUUGACGUGUCAAAGAGCAGAGCUAGACCUUGGCAGCCCCAUGGCAACAACUCUGCUGCUUGGUCUGAUGGGGAAGCAUGGAGGCCAUGGGCUGCCGAAGGGUUGGGCCAUAAGGGGUCUGCCAAGUCGCUUCAAGCCCGCCAAUGCUGUGAAGACAGGUCGCCAAUGGGGGACAGGUGGGCAGGGUGGCAGAGGAACGAGGUUUUGGGAUGGAGGAAGUCCGGAGAUGGAGGCAGCAUGCCUGCUGAACACGGCCACUCUGGAGACCGUCUGAAUUAUCCAUCUACGGGGAAAGUGGACGUGGAGCCUGCGUUGAAGUACUUGUCCAGGGAUAGGAGAAGGGAGCCACCGCCAGCCAGACUGGACAACAGCUUCGGGGAUGGAAGGGGGCAUGACCAGCCCAAUCCUGGAGGUCCCCGACGCUUCCCUCCUAAUUCGACACAGCUCCGGCAGUGGAGGGGGCACGACACUCAUCACCAUGGCUGCGGGGCUGCCAGCCAUUCACCUAGUACCACCCAUGGAGAGUCGCCAAAGUUGCUGUCUCCAGGUGAGCAGGUGGGCAACCACGGGCAGGGAAGGCGCCCCUACAGAGGGCCAAGGAAGAGAGGUGGGCAUGCUUCGGAGGGAAACAAAGGACAGCACCCGUUCGAGCCCAGGGCAGAACAGCGCCCAAGGGCCGAAGGAAAGAGAAUGCAUCGCAUUGCGGCCCCUGCGAAGCAGUGGCAUGGGCCUCAGCGCACGAGGGCGCAGGAUGCCCUCUGUGGACGCAAGCCGGCAACUCGAGCGUCCUGGCAGUGUGUGCCUGGCAGGGUACCGGGCCCUGCAGGUCGGGGAGGAUGUGGAAUGCCUGCAGAUGGACUCCCCAGUGGCUGGACACCGGGGGGGAGGGGGCCCAGGCUCUUCUCCAGACACGAGUCUGAUGCGGGCUACUAUGACAGCGAUGGGGACGUGUCGACCUACAGCGACGUUGGCAUUGCAGACCCGCGUUCUUACGUUUCGAGGAAGCCCCCAGGCGUGCCACUGCUGGACCUCAGGAGUGUGCCCACCCUUAUCGACGAAUGA